AACAUCAUUCUCGCUCUCACAUACGAAUAUCGGCAACCCUCAGAAGCUACUAUAAGAAAGACGGUCGAAUCCUCCGGCAAUCCCUCCGCCCAAGUGCCUUUGAUGAGCAGAUAUGUCGGCCUUGUCGUGGUACCAGGCCAGUACAUCACCCGAAUCGAAUACGAAGAGAGCCAGUUCAGUCAAGGCACGGUUGUCCCAUGAUUCCGUAUGAGGCACAUUGUUGUUGGUGUACGAUUUGCAUUGGCGUGUAUGGUAUUGUUCGCAUUGCGUCGACCUUUAUGCUCAAGUAGCCUCGACACUCACGCCACGACAUCGAGCUAUGAUACAGCCAAGGAGAAAAGCACAGGCUUCCCGGUAUUUACAAAAACCUCUGCCGGAAAUUCAGAGCGCCCAAUUGUCCCUUCUGUCGUGUGAUGUCGUUGAUGUCCACAUCCUGAGCUCCGGGAUCCGCUUGCCACCCCCAUCUUCUUUGUCAUUGUCCUGACCACCGACUAUGACUUGGGAAUGAUAUUGCCUUGCUCAAAUAGGUAUCCGCGGACCUUGGACUCCUUGAGGAGCUCGAAGUAUCGUUCUACAGCGUGAUAGUUAGCACCAACACAUCAAAUAUUGGCCAUUCGUUCCAUUCGAACAAAGCAGGUCCUGAUUGCAAUUUCAUGACCUCCAACAAGUGCCAUGCUUAGCAAUGAAAGAGAAGACAACCGAACUCACCCCUCAAAUGCCCACACUUCUCCAAGUGAUUCACGCCUUCCCGGUAAUAGCACUUCCCCAUCUCCUCC